UCCUUUGUCUUUCACUCUCAGCUACCAACGCCGUCGCUCCAUUACUCACCUCUGAUUUCCGAUCACACGUUUUCUGCCAUGGAGCCUUUGAUUAGACGCCAGAGCUCUCAGACCGUUGGUUUCUCUGGUUACUCUGGUUACUCUGGUAGACCUCUGCAGGUGGAGAGGUCCUAUGCCCACAGUGUCAGCGGAGGGGCAGGGGGUCAUGGCACCAGGAUCUCCACUGUCUCUUACGGCUCUCGGGUUGGCAGCAGCUUUGGCGGGGGGUUUGACCACCACUCAUCUUUGGCCACCUCCGGUAACCUCACCAUUGGCAAUGAAAAGAUCGCCAUGCAGCACCUGAAUGACCGUCUGGGCAGCUACUUGGAGACAGUGAGGAGUCUGGAGAAGGCCAACAAAACACUAGAGAUCAAGAUCAGAGAAGCCAUCGAGAAAAGGGGCCCCACGGAAGGAAGGGACUUCAGCAAAUACAAUGCCAUCAUCGCAGAUCUGAGGGCCAAGAUUCUUGAUAUGAUCAAAGGAAACGCCCAUCUUGCGAUUUCUCUUGACAACGCACAGCUGGCCUCAGAGGACUUCAGGGUCAAGAUGGAGUAUGAGAUGUCCAUGAGGCUGACUGUGGAGGCUGAUGUUGCCAGACUGAGGAAGCUUUUGGAUGACACCAAUGUUAUCCGUCUCCACCUUGAGAGUGACAUUGAGUCACUGAAGGAAGAGCUGAUCACCCUGAAGAAGAACCACGAAAUGGAUGUUGCUGCCUUGCGAGACCAGAUUACCCAGGUUGGCGUCCAUGUGGACGUUGAUGCUGCUAAAGGCCAGGACUUGGCUAAAAUCAUGGAGGAAAUGAGGGCUAAGUAUGAGAGAAUAGCCCUGAAGAACCAGCAGGAACUGAAAGUGUGGCACGAAUCUCAGAUCACAGAGGUGCAGGUCCAAGUUACUGAGAGCUCAUCAGCACUGAAGGAAGCUACGACUGUGAUGAGUGAAACCAGAAGGAAGCAUCAGGCGCUGGACAUUGAACUUCAAUCUGCUCUCAGUUUGAAAGCAUCCCUGGAGGCCACCCUGCGCGACCUGGAGAUGCGCUACAACAUAGAGUUGGAAAGGUACAACGCCAUCAUCCUGAGGUUUCAGGAUGAGCUGACUCAGAUCCGCGCGGACAUCCAGCAAAACACAAGAGAGUACGAGCUUCUGCUGAACAUCAAGGUGAAACUGGAGGCCGAGAUCGCCGAGUACAGGAGGCUGCUGGACGGUGGAGCAGAUUUAAAACUGGAAGAUGCUGUGGAUAAGAAGACGGCCCAGACCAAAGUGGAGAUAGUCAGUCAGACUUUUGUGGACGGCAAAUUGGUGUCAGAGAGUAAAGACGUCAAAACCAGCGAAAAAAAAUGAAGCAUCCAGUGACAAUACAAUUUUUGAUUUUUGAUUUUUGUUGAUUCUCCUUGUACUCAUCGUGUUGCUCAAAUCCAGAAUAAUGAGCUGGUGGAACUUUAACCCCAACCUCCCUUGUGAUCAGAUUUGGGGUUAGCUUAAAUAAAAAAAACUACUACUAUAUAAAUAAAUGUAACACCAGCAAAUGUUUCAGCUGGGAAGGCGCUAACGUUACCAUUCUGUUUUUAUGUGUAGAACAAUGCAAGCACCACACAACAAGCGUAUUCCUUCUCUUCAUCAUCUUUCAUUUUUCCACCAACUGUCAUAGCAAGAGUAAAUCACAGAAGGUCAAGGUCAGUUUUAUUUACAGAGUGCAUUUACAGCAGCAAAGCUACAACAAAGCGCUGUACAAGAUGAAACAACACAAGAUACAACAGAUCAACAAUAAAAACCUAAAAUAAGAUGAGCACACAACAGUCACAAUCUGUAAUAAAAACUGUUAAAAACUAUUAAGAUGCUCAAGUCAACCUGGAUUAAAAGCCAAAU